CAUGUGAGACGUACACGCAUACAGUCAGAAUCAGACGCGGUUGCGCGCUUCACCUGCACGCUGAACAAAGGCAGAGACGCGCAGAGUUGCAGAAGACUCGGCUUUGUGUCGCGUGCCGGCUGCCUUGUUGGACUGUUUGCUUCCCAUCAUGAACCAAACCGCCACCGUGUCACAUCAAGUCAAAUGCCAGUCUACAAAGACCAUCAAGGACCUGGGAGGAAUGAGUACCCUCAGAGGAACUGGAGGGGAUUGCCAUCGCCUGCUGGUAAUCCUCGUGGUGUGUUCUCUGAUCACCAUGUCUGUCAUCCUCCUCACACCAGCGGACAAUCAAGCAGGAAGCGACACCAAACUGACUGUGGAGGAUCUUUUCAAACCUGAGUUCAGAGUCCACGAUCCGGAAGCCCAGUGGAUCAAUGAUUCUGAAGUCCUCUACAGAAACAGUGAUGGUCACGUCAUCAAGUUUAACAUCCUCACAAACGAAACAGAAAUUGUUCUGACAAACACAACCUUUAUAAAUUUCAACGUUGCCAAGUAUUCUGUCUCCGCUGACUUGAAAUACGUCCUCUUCACUUAUGAUGUGAAACAGGUUUACCGUCACUCCUACAUGGCCUCAUACAGCAUCUACAAUAUACACACCAGGGAGGUCUGGGAGUUGGACCCUCCUGAGGUGGUGAAUUCUGUCCUGCAGUACGCUGCCUGGGGUGUUCAAGGACAACAAUUGAUCUACAUAUUGAAAACAACAUCUACAUAUCAGUCUGAUGUCAAAAGUAACUCCCUGAGAUUAACUUCGUCGGGAAAAGAAGGAGUCAUCUUCAAUGGAAUUGCUGACUGGCUCUAUGAAGAGGAGAUCCUUCAGACCCAUGUGGCACACUGGUGGUCACCUGAUGGAGAGAGGUUGGCCUUCCUUGUCCUUAAUGACACUCAUGUCCCCAACAUGGUUUUGCCUCGUUUCACCGGCAUGACGUAUCCCAGAGGGAAGCAGUACCCUUACCCAAAGGCAGGUCAACCAAACCCAGUGGUGAAGCUGUUUGUUGUCAACCUUUAUGGGCCUACACACACGCUGGAACUUAUGCCUCCAGAGAGCCUCAAAUUACGGGAACAUUAUGUGACGAUGGUGACAUGGAUUAGCAAAACCAAGACGUGCGUCAGGUGGUUGAACCGCGCCCAGAACGUCUCCAUCCUGACCGUCUGUGACACCACCACCGGAGCCUGCGUCACGAGGCAUGAAGAAAGUUCUGAACUCUGGCUUUCAAAGCAGAACCAAGAGCCGGUGUUCUCUAGGGAUGGCAGCAGGUUCUUCCUGACCAUCCCAGUUAAGCAAGGAGGACGUGGAGAGUUCCAUCACAUCGCCAUGUUCACUACACAGUUCAGGGCAGAUCAAAAUGAAGUCCGUCAUCUGACAUCAGGGAAUUGGGAGGUGGCCAAAAUCGUUGUCUAUGAUGAGAACAGUGACAACCUUUAUUUCCUCAGUACAGAAGGUUCACCUCGAAGACGCCAACUUUUCAGUGUUAAAACUGUAGGUCUGUUUCCACGGCGGUGUUUAACGUGUGAGCUAAAUAAGGCCCACUGUCUGUACUUUGAUGCUGACAUCAGCCCCACAUAUCAGCACAUUAUUCUCCACUGUAAAGGUCCUGGAGCACCAACUGUGAUCUUACACAGCCUCAAUAACUCAAAUUACUACAUCCUUGAGAACAACUCUUUGCUAAAAGCAGCCUUGAAGUAUAAAAGAAUACAGCUGACUGACUUCACAAAUGUUCAAAUGGAACAUUUUGAGUUACCUUUAAAGAUUUCCUACCCACCAGACUUCUCAGAUUCUCGUCACUAUGGCUUGUUGUUGGUGGUUGAUGGUGCCCCUGGUGGUCAGGCCGUGAGUGACCGAUUUGAUCUCAGCUGGGACUCUGUGCUGGUCAGCUCGGACAAUGUCAUUGUGGCGCGUCUGGACAGCCGGGGCAGUGGUUUCCAGGGCCAAAGAAUCUUGCACGAGGUUCACCAUAGGCUCGGAACCGUUGAGGUUCAGGACCAGAUUGCAGCAGUGGAGUACAUAAUGAAAUUUCCAUAUAUUGAUCGGACACGCAUAGCAGUGUUUGGAAAGGGAUAUGGUGGAUACAUAACAUUAAUGAUGCUCAAGUCGACUGACAGCGUGUUCAGAUGUGCAUGUGCAAUGUCACCAGUGACAGAUUGGAAACUUUAUGCAUCAGCGUUCUCCGAGAGAUACCUUGGCAUGCCAUUACGGGAUGACAGCAGAUAUCAGUUUUCCAGCGUGCUGCAGAAUGUUCAGGCAUUUAGGGAGCAGACGCUGAUGCUGGUGCACGGCACAGCAGAUGCUAAUGUUCACUUUCAGCAUACUGCUGAGCUUGUCAAGAACCUGGUGAAAGUUGGAGCAAACUACUCAAUGCAGAUCUAUCCAGAUGAGGGCCACUUCCUGUCACAGCAGAGUCGCCUGCAUCUCUACGCCACGCUGACCAGUUUUUACAGGGAUUGUCUGAAGGAGGAGCUAUUACCGUUGCCUGAUGAAGAGGAUGAUGAGGAAGAGUAGGCAGAAGGCUUUGAUGGUCAACCUUCAACAGAGCUUGGAGAAUUUUCCCAAAAUCCAUCAAGGCCUUUUGCAUUUGGACCAAUAACCAGAUGUUGAUUGGACAGAGGUGUAAAUGCUCUGUUUGUGUGUGUGUGUGUGUGUGUGCGCGUGUGAGUAAAACUGGAUUUACAUGUGAUGAAGGUAACUGAAGGACACAUUUUGAUGACAGUGACACUUGCCUGGACUUGAGGUGGGACCUGGCUUUGGGCAUAAAGUGUCCACAGUGGUGGGACGGUCCCCUUGUUGGCAAAGCACAGAAAUCUGCCUUCAUCACUGGCAGGACAUUCGGACUAAAUCACCCGCACUUACUGAGUGCAUGGUUCUUCUUCCUCCUUUCUGCUUCACUCAUUAUCCCACAUUAAUCUCUCGUGGUAGCACUUGGGAUGAAACCACACAGAUGUACACUUUGACCUCACCUCUCCUUUGGUUGUGCCGCUGUAGCAGGAACUGUUAGUCAGCUGCAGAAAUCCGUAGAAUGUUAAAUCACAUGAUUCACUGCAGCCAAGCUGAUCACGAAUAAGUGCAAUUCUUGCUGACACGAUCCUCCAUCACUCACUCAAAAUGAAAAUGGUCUUUGUAGGUCACAUUUUAUUGUACAGAAGUGUUGUGUAGACAUGUUUGAUGCCUUAUGAGGUUCAAUAUUAUUUACUGGUAGAGGUAGUCAUUCAUGUUAGCCUGUUUCAACUCAGGUUGUCCAGAUACAGCAGCGCAUAUUCAGCUUACUCUUUAAAACAGCUACAACUUGGGCUGCAGCUAAUGAUUAUUUUCAUAAACGAUGAAUGCACCAAUAUUUUUUAUGAUUAAUUAAAUGACCAAAUGCACUGCCCCCUUAGAGAGUGA